AUGCUCUGCUGUGACUUAAACCUUGCUAUCGGUUUACUGAUUGUUUAUUAUACUGGUUCUAACUUAUCAUCACCUAACGUUGAAGCCACUAGUAAUGGACGGCAACAGCCACGUCGACGACGACAGUCAUUGUCUACAAAUCUAGGUAGCAUGUCAAACGCAAAUAAUCCGUAUCGUACUUCUGAUCAACAACAGUCAGGAAUGGGUGGUCCUUCGGCCAACAGUUUAAAGUAUUCAGACAGCAGUAUCAAGUAUCUUCAAGAAAGUUAUGCAUAUCCAAAUGCAGCUGAACAAUAUUUAAAUGGUAAUAAUUUAUUUCGACCAAACAUUAAUCAAUUACCCAAUAAUCAACAACAGCAGGCAGCGGCUUAUUACCGUGCUGGUGCAGAGAAUACUAAUGAUCCUCUUAUACCCAUUAGAACGUCGGGUAAUGGUUUAUAUUCAGGGACACAUUCGGAACAUGGUAAUAGUGGGUGGUAUUCAAAUCACCAAAGUGGUGGUGGUCAAAGCGGGCUUACAAAUCAAUACCGCUACUACCACAAUCGUGGUAUAAAAACCCUACAGAUAUCUACAAUGCUAUUAAUCGUUUCCUUACAAUUUCUAAUACUUAUGAUUUAG